AUGAUACUAUACAACCUACAAGGGGAGCUAGUGAAAUCAAUCCAGACCAAGUCAGGGAACACGCCAUGGGACAUAGAUGUAAGAAGGAGUGAAGAUCUGGUAUAUACUGAUUACAGUAAUAGAACUGUCAACAUAGUGAAAAAUACGAAGAUAAAAGAACUGAUCAAACUACAGGGAUGGAUACCUUUUAAAAUAUGUAGCACCUCCUCUGGGGACCUAUUGAUUGUCAUUGUCAGUAAUGAGGAUAAACAAACAAAAGUUGUGCGUUACUAUGGUUCAACAGAGAAACAAAGUAUUCAAUAUGACGAUAAAGGAAAUCCUUUCUUUUCGUUUGGUAAUUAUAGUAAAUACAUUAGUGAAAACAGGAACCAAGACAUUUGUGUAGCUGACCGGGGAGCCUGUAAGGUAGUGGUGGUCAAUGUGGCAGGACAGUUCCGGUUUAGUUACACUGGCCCUCCUUCUACUACAACAGGUUCAUUCUAUCCAACCGGCAUCACAACAGACAGCCAGGGUCGGAUCCUGACAGCAGACGUUAACAACCACUGUAUCCACAUCAUCGAUCAGGACGGACGGUUCCUCCGCUACAUUGACAACUGUGAUUUACGCAGUCCACAUGGUUUAUCUCUGGACAGCAGAGACAACCUUUUUGUGGUCGAGUUAGAAACAUGUAAGGUGAAGAAAAUCCAAUAUUACAUGUACUGA